CUAAGCUUCGAACUCAUCGAAGCCAUUCUCAAGUACAUAAGCACCCUACCCGAAGAAGGUGCAGUGUUGGUCUUCCUGCCAGGGUGGAAUCUGAUCUUCGCACUGAUGAAACAUCUGAUGAUGAACAGGAACUUCGGUGACCCAAACAAGUAUGUGAUACUGCCGCUGCACAGUCAGAUUCCGAGAGAGGAUCAAAAGAAGGUUUUUGUCACACCGCCGCCUGGUAUUUGCAAGGUGAUCCUCGCCACUAACAUCGCAGAAACGUCAAUAACAAUUAACGACGUUGUCUAUGUGAUAGACUCGUGCAAAGCCAAGAUGAAACUGUUCACGUCGCAUAACAACAUGACUUCUUAUGCUACAGUGUGGGCCAGUCGGACUAACCUCGAACAGCGCAAAGGGCGUGCCGGCCGCGUGCGCCCCGGCGUGUGCUUCACGCUGUGCUCCCGCGCGCGCUUCGAGCGCCUGGACGAGCACCUCACGGCCGAGAUGUUCCGCACGCCGCUGCACGAGCUGGCCCUCAGCAUCAAACUCCUUCGCCUCGGCAGUAUAGGCCACUUCCUAUCGAAAGCUCCGGAACCGCCGCCACUGGACGCCGUCAUCGAGGCAGAAGCUUUGUUGCGGGAGCUGGGCUGUUUAGACACGCAGGACAACUUGACUCCGUUGGGGGCUAUAUUGGCUAAGCUGCCUAUUGAACCCCGGCUUGGCAAAAUGUUAGUCCUCGGUUUCGUGUUUGGGGUAGGAGACCCUCUAACAACUAUGGCGGCUAAUUCAACAACAUUCCCUGAGAUAUUCGUCGUCGAGGGUAGACGCAAGCUCUCUGGACACCAGAGGGCGUUGGCUGGCGACCGAGCUUCUGACCACAUUGCUAUGCUGAAUGCUUUUCAGUUGUGGGAACGAGAGCACGCGAAAGGCGAAGAGGCAGAAUUGCAAUGGUGCGAAUGGAAAGGCGUACAGCAGACCACGCUGCGGGUUACUUACGAAGCAAAAUACCAGCUUAAUAAUAUUCUAACAACGACGAUUGGAUUCCCCGAGGAGUGCUGCAUCCCGCAGCGCUGGAACCCGCAAGGACCAAACGCUACACUGGACUGUGUCGUUGCAUUGCUGUGCAUGGGGCUUUAUCCGAACGUUUGCUUGCAUCAAGGCAAGAGAAAGGUCUUAACAACGGAAGGUAAACCAGCUCUAAUUCACAAGACGUCAGUGAACUGUUCAAACUUCGAAAUAAAGUUUCCAUCACCACUAUUCGUCUUCGGCGAGAAAGUUCGCACUCGCGCUAUCAGCUGCAAACAAACAACAAUGGUUGCGCCUCUGCAUCUACUGCUGUUCGCCAGUAGGAAGGUUGAAUGGGUGGAUAACGUGGUCCGCCUAGACAACUGGCUGAACUUCGAGAUGUCCCCGUACACGGGGGCGAUGGUGGCAGCGCUGCGGCCCGCCAUCGAGCGGCUCGUCAAGCGUGCUGCCGCCGAGCCCGAAACAGCGCUGCAGUUCUCGCCUAAUGAACAAAAGUUGGUGGACGUUAUAAGGGCUCUAUGCACCAUAGAGGCCGGCGACUUUAACAUCACGCGCGACGUCAGCGCACCCGCCUUCCAUUCCGACGGGCCCAAGCGCGGGGCUAAUAAUACCAGAGGCUGGGGGACUAGUGGACCCAGAGGUGGGGGAGGAUUCGGGGGAGGAUACGGGAGUCAAG